AUGGCCAGCGAUGACAGCCCGUCCUUGCCAUCACUUUCGGAAAAUGGCUCAUCUGUGAUCAUGCUGCCCUCCGGCUCAGACUCUGAGCCAGAGCUGCCUGCAGCUUCUGGCUCAGGCCAGUGCUGCAACUCCGGCUGCCUCGCAGCCUUGGACGAGAGCCCGGAGCUUUGCACACGCGCAGAAGAGGUCAGAGUGGCUUUUCAAUCCAGCCGUGUAGAGGAUCUUGCCAAGCUCCGAUACCAUUGCUUGGCGGCUUGGCAAAGCAAGCCGUCUGGCUGGCGCCACUUCCGUGCUUGGGGCAUGCCACUGUGCAAAAAUGCGGUGUGUUCCUUGUUGCACAUGGGUUCAACCAUGUACAGCAAGUUCACUAAGCAUAUAGCAGAGGGGUACAUUGACCCACCCAUGGACCUGCGGCGCACGCAAUGCCAGCAACGCACAACUGGGCAGAGCACCUCUGACGCCACUGUUGCAGCCGACACCUUGCUACGGUGGAUCCACGAGAAUAUGGCAGAGCAUUUGGCAGAGAGCGACCAGUUCGUCUCAGGCAAGACCAAUUUGCUCCACAAGGCAGAGACGGCAGGCUUGGCAGAUAUCGCCAACGGGCCUGAGCACAUCAAGUGGCUGGCGCCAGGGACAACGCUGACUGAGCUGCUGUCAUUCAGCGCAGCCUUCAACCCAGAAGUGGAGGCUCCCAGCUUCUCCACCUUUUGCCGGAUCUACCACAGUGACUGGGCAAAAUGGCUGAAGAUCCGAACAGAGGGGCAGCAUUCCAAGUGCGACAGCUGCGAAAAGUUCAAAGCCUGGAGGCGACUUGCCAGCUCCAAGAGCGACGUUGACAUGGUGAGCAAACUGUACAAGGAGCACCUGGCAAGCAUGAUGGCGGACAGACGGGUGGAUGCUGCCAUCGCUGCAUUGGCCCGUCAGACAUGGGCCGGAGAGGGGGGGGACAAGUCCACAUUGUCCCUGACCCUUGAUGGGAUGGACACCACAAAAUUCAAGGUGCCAAGGAACUGGUCAUGUUCUAAGGAGUGGGACUCAUUGUGGCGACCCGAACUCCGGCUUCACGGAGCGCUGAAUGAUGGAUACUCAGAGGAAUACAUACUGACAGACCAGGACAUGAGCAAGGGCAGCAACUUGGACCUGACCAUCAUCAGCCAUCUCCUGCACGAGUCCCAAGGGGAAAUGCAGAAGCGUGGCAUACCCUGGCCACGCUUUCUGCGACUCCACGCAGACAACGCAAGUAACGAGCUGAAGAACCAAUUAUGCUUAAAGCUCAUGAGCUGGCUCACUCAUCGCGGGCUUUUCCAGGAGUGCAUGCUGACCACUUUUCAAGUGGGCCACAGUCAUGGCCGGAUAGAUCAGAGGUUUUCAGAGAUACGUGCAGUUCUGGCUGACAGCCCACUGCUCCAGUCACCAGAAGACUUCGCACAGGCGCUGCAGAAAGUCAAGCCGCGCGAAGGCCGUGAACUCCGGGUAAAGAAGCUGGAAGCAGCAAUAGAUUUUGAGGAGUUCUUCAGCUCACUCCAGGUCAAUGUCUCGGGGCACACGCAGACACACUCCAAGUCAAAGCAGGGCGAGGAAGCUGUGCACGUUUUUUUUGUGCAAUUGCGAAAGAACAUCAGCAAGUCGUGGCGCGACAGGAUUGCCUCCUCAUUUCCAGACACUCCCAGUGAGAACGAUGUGAUUCUCACUUGCAGGCAUUACCUGGCAUCAGACCAGGACUCGCAGGAUCCUUGCGUUUGGGUGCCUGACACAAGGAUGAGGGCAUUGCAGGCGACUGCGCCCGACAGCCUUGCACCGCGACGCUCUCUCAGCGAGCGCCAGGCCAAGGAGUUCUCCAAAACAGCAGUUGCGAUCGCAAAACCACCUUGGAACAUGCUGAAGGCUAGCUCUUACUUGUCCAACUUGGUCAAAGAGAACACACAGGGCGGUGGGCCUCAUUGGAAGCCAUUGCCAGUGGACUGGGCUUUGGCCGGGCACCCGCCCGAAUCCUCCGCAGCAAGCGAACCAGCAGACGCCAUAAGCCCAGAAGAGAUGCAAUGGGCUGUACGGAAGCCAGCCGCUGUCGCAGCCAAACCUGUCAUUAAAACAGGAGCUUCCAAGGCUGCCGCCAAAAAGUCCAAGGCUAUGAAGCGGCCAGCAGCAGCCCGCAGUCCGGAACCAGUUGCUGGCAAGCGCAAGGCUGCUGAGGCAGCUGGCUCGCCGCCAUGCGGUGCUUCGGCAAACGCUUCUGACCCGCCGCAGCCAGAAGGCUGCGAGGCAGAUGCAGUUUCAUUGCCAAGCCCUGGCAGCGGAGAGGAAGGGCUCCACUUCAAUUCCGCACUACCAGCGAAGCCCACGGCAUCAAGCGCAACGGUCGGCGCACCGCGGGGAGCAGUGGAAGCAGUUCCCACCGACGAGCGGCCCGCAGCCAAGGAAAAGCCACGAAAGCGUCAACUGGGCAAAUUGCCAAUGCCAGAUGAUGCGAAAGACUACUUGGGCUGCACCAAGUGCAAGUACUCCAAUAUCGGAUGCGCCACAUGCCGCCGCAAGGUCGGCCUGGUCUUGAACGCUGAUGAGACUGCGUGGACAUGGGCGACUUGA